UGACCUUUGCGCAUGCGCCGGUAUAGUGAGCGCUGUGAGUCUGCGCAGUUUCACACGUGUGCGGCAGUGUUGGAAGCUGGCGGCGCGUGUCCGGUACUAGGCCCCUCUUGUGCCGAAUGCCUCAGUGUUGAUCCCUUCCGAGCCUUCUGACUGCUCCCUUCUUCAAUAAUUUCAUCAUUAUCUGCCCGACAGUGACUCAUUCUGCCCUUCUGGUCUCCUCCUGCCCACGUCUCACCCCCUGACUCACACAUGGGUAUCACCAAGCAAUAUCUGCGAUACUCUGCCAGCGCUGUCUUUGGGCUCAUUGCCAGCCAGAAAGCCAAUGUCACGUUCAUCACCCUGCGAGGGGAGAAGGGUCGGUACGUGGCCGUCGGAGCCUGUGAACACGUCUUCAUAUGGGACACUCGCAAGGGGGAGAAGGUCCUCAUUCUCCAGGGUCAAAAACAAGAGGUAACGCGCCUGUGUCCCUCCCCGGAUGGCCUGUCGCUGGCAGUUGGCUAUGAGGAUGGAUCUAUCCGGAUCUUCAGCCUUCUGAGCGGGGAGAGUGGCAUUACAUUCAAUGGCCAUAAGGCAGCAGUGACGACUCUCAAUUAUGAUCACUUGGGCGGCCGGCUGGUGUCCGGAUCGAAGGACACGGAUGUCAUUGUGUGGGAUGUGAUUAAUGAGAGCGGUUUGUACAGACUGAAGGGGCACAAGGAUGCCAUCACCCAGGCGCUGUUCCUUAAGGAGAAGAACCUCUUGGUUACCAGUGGUAAGGACACCCUGGUGAAGUGGUGGGACCUGGACACCCAGCACUGCUUCCAGACCAUGGUGGGACACCGUACAGAGGUUUGGGGUCUGACCAUCCUGUCAGAGGAAAGCCGGAUACUGACUGGGUCAGCCGAUAGUGAACUGCGGGCCUGGAACAUCUGCUAUAUCAAGGAGGGUGAGAACACCUCAGAAGGGCCUCAGAGUAAGAAAUCCAAAGGGCCCUUGGGCGAGGAACAGGAGGAAGAAGAGGAUGUGGAGGAAAAUACUGAGGAGCGCAUUCUUCGAUGCCAGCGCUUUGGUUCCAUCAUGAGGGAAGGAAGGGACAGAGUAGUGAGCCUUGGCACAGAUCGGACAAGGAGGUUUCUAGCCUGCCACGGUGCAGACUCGGUGCUGGAGGUCUUUUGUGCUCUGAGUGAAGAGGAGAUCACUAAGAAAAUGGAGAAAAAACUGAAAAGAGCCAAGAAGAAAGCCAAGCAGAAACCUCAGGAUGCUGAGGAAGAAGAGGAGCUGAAAGUGGAGAGGUGUCUACAGGAUGAAAUCCAGAAACUCGGGAACAUCAAAGCCUCCUCCAAAAUAAAAUCCUUUGACCUGUUUUCCUGCACUAAAGGGGAACUUAAAGCUGUUCUGCUUCUUCAGAACAACAGCCUGGAAUGUUUUUCCCUCCCGACUGAGCCGGCCCCUUCUGGAAAGGCAGAGUGUACAAAAAGCUCCCGUCUCACCCUGGGGGGGCAUCGCUCUGAUGUACGAACCCUGGCUUUCAGCUCUGACAAUAUUGCUGUGUUGUCUGCCUCAGCCGAGACUGUCAAAAUCUGGAACAGAUCCACCCUGCAGUGUAUCAGGACUAUGCCCUGUGAAUAUGCCCUGUGCUCACUCUUUGUUCCCGGGGACAGACACGUUAUUAUAGGUACCAAGUCAGGGAACCUCCAGCUGUUUGACUUGGCCUCAGGGAAUCUCCUGGAGACCGUGAGUGCACAUGAUGGUGCUGUGUGGUCGCUUUGUCCAUCGCCUGAUCUGCGGGGAUUUGCCUCCGGAGGGGCCGACAAGACUGUGAGAUUCUGGGAUUUUGAGUUGGUGAACGAGGAGACAGAGACGCAGAGCAGUCGGCGGCUCUCUGUGAAGCAGACGCGUGUGUUGCAGUUGGACGAGGAUGUGCUGUGCGUGCGUCACAGUCCCGAUGGCCGUAUCCUGGCAGUGUCUCUGUUGGACUGCACUGUGAAAGUCUUCUAUAACGAUACCCUAAAGUUCUUCCUGUCUCUUUAUGGACACAAGUUGCCGGUGCUGUGCAUGGAUAUCUGCCAUGACAAUGCACUUAUUGUGACUGGAUCUGCUGACAGGAACAUUAAGAUCUGGGGUCUGGACUUUGGAGACUGUCACCGCUCUCUCUUUGCGCAUGAAGACAGUGUCAUGUUCCUCCAGUUUGUGCCAAAGACCCACCUGUUCUUCAGCGCUGGAAAGGACCGAAAAGUGAAACAGUGGGACGCAGAUCACUUCCAGCAGGUGCAGAGCCUCGAGGGUCACCAUGGAGAGGUCUGGUGUGUGGCAGUCAGUCCUAAUGGCGAUCAUGUUGUAUCAUCAUCACAUGACAAGUCUCUGAGGCUCUGGGAAAGGACCAGGGAACCGCUCAUUCUAGAGGAGGAAAAGGAGAUGCAAAGGGAGGCAGAGUAUGAGGAAAGCGUGGCGAAGGGAGAGCAGCCGGUGGUUGCCGGGGAGCGAGACGGGGAAGUCGGUCUUGCUGGGAAGAAAACCAUAGAGACGGUGAAAGCGACCGAGCGCAUAAUGGAGGCCAUUGAGCUACACAGGGAGGAGACUGCAAAGCUGGAGGAACACCGUGCCCUGUGCCAGGCAGCAGGAAAAGAGCUCCCACACCGAACUCACCCCAUCUUGCAGGCCUAUGGCAACAUCUCGCCCUCAGAUUAUGUUCUGGAUGUCUUCAAGAAAGUGAAAUCCAGUGAAUUGGAAGAGUCGCUCCUGGUUCUGCCGUUUUCCUACGUCCCUGAUGUACUCGCUCUCUUCCGGGACUAUAUCCGGCAGGGUCGGGAUGUGGAGCUGAUUUGCCGCUGCCUCUUUUUCCUUCUAAGGAUUCACUUUGGGCAGAUCACCAGUAACCAGAUGCUCCUUGGGGUAAUUGAAGAUCUAAAAAACUGCACCAUCUCCCGGGUGGCUGAAGUGCGGGACAUGAUGGGGGUGAAUAUGGCCGCCCUGCAGUUCCUGAAGAGGGAGGUUGCAGCCAAAGAAGAGGUUCAGUUCUUUGCUGAUGCCACAGAGCGCUUUGAGGAGAAAAAGAGGAAGAGGAAAAAGAAUGAGAAACUGCUCCUGACAGUUGUGUGAUCCUUAUGUGGGAUGCUGGGAAAGGACAAUGAUCCAGUUCUAUACUGGUUCUCAUGGCCUCCCUGUAAGUUCAGUGUCGGACUGGGAUGCCAGGGCCACCAUAAAACCUUAGACAUUAAGACGACUGUCCACAUGUUGUUUCUUUUUCCUUAUUCUCCUAGUCUCUUCUCUUGACCUACUAUCCUCUAGUGAGUGCCCACUGAUACCUGGGCCCACCUGAAUUUUCCUUUUAUUCUGGUGGGCCAGUUCGACGCUGUGUAAAUUCCACCUGCUGUAAGGGAUCCUCUAAUAAGAACCUAUGUUGUACAUAAGUGUGAGCAGCUCUGACCCUGUGAUUGAUUACAGUUCCUUAUAUAAACCAUGGCCUUUUCUCUUGCAUUUCUUACGGAAUUCCCCAAGGGCCCAGAGUGAUGUGUGUCUGGAGAUGAAGUGAUUGGCUGACUCUCUGCAUAUGACCUGUAUGUCAUGUUCCUUCUGAAAUCAGAAAGAACAUUUGUAACAAUAAAGAUGCUAUUGACCUAAAA